UUGACCGACAUUUCUGGUAACCUCUUCUUUUUGAUUUUUUUACCAUCCCGACAAUGGAUGACAGUCCUCUACAGGUUCUCACUCUGCCCACUACACCAUAUGCUGACCAAAAGCCAUGCACCAGUGGGCUGAUGAAGAAGACAUACAUUUUUGAGACAAAGCAGGACUACCUCCAGAAUUUCAUCCAGAGCAUAUUCUCCUCCAUAGACCUGAGAGACCGACAGGGCUCCACUAUGGUGGUGGGAGGAGAUGGCCGCUAUCUCAAUAAAACUGCUAUAGAAGUUAUUGUGCAAAUGGCAGCUGCAAAUGGGAUCGGGCGGCUGGUGAUUGGCCAGAAUGGGAUCAUGUCCACCCCAGCCAUGUCGUGCAUGAUCAGGAAGGUCAGGGCCAUCGGGGGCAUUGUCCUCACGGCCUGUCACAACCCUGGAGGUCCUGACGGGGACUUCGGCAUUAAGUUCAAUACUUCCAACGGAGGUCCUGCACCAGAGGCCAUACUAGACAAAAUCUUCCAGAUCAGUAAAACUAUUGAGGAGUAUGCAAUAUGCCCAGACCUGAAAGUGCACCUCUCCACCACUGGCAAGCAGACAUUUGACUUGGAGAACAAGUUCAAGCCCUUUACAGUGGAGAUUGUGGACUCCGUGGACUCAUACGCCAACAUGCUCAGAAACAUCUUUGACUUUGCCGCUUUGAAGGAGCUGCUUUCUGGACCCAACCACAUCAAGAUCCGUAUAGAUGCCAUGCACGGAGCUACAGGCCCCUAUGUCAAGAGAAUCCUGUGUGAAGAGCUGGGUUCCCCUGCCAAUUCAGCUAUCAACUGCAUCCCCAAAGAGGACUUUGGAGGCCACUGCCCUGACCCCAAUUUGGUGCAUGCCACCGACCUAGUGGAGACCAUGACAGACGGGCAAUACGAUUUUGGUGCAGCCUUCGACGGUGAUGGCGAUCACAACAUGAUACUGGGGAAGAAUGGCUUCUUCGUCAACCCCUCUGACUCGGUGGCCAUCAUUGCAGCUAACAUCUUCAACAUUCCCUACUUCCAGCAGUCUGGGGUGAGAGGGUUUGCCCGCAGCAUGCCCACCAGUGGUGCCCUGGACAAAGUGGCUAAAGCCACCAAAAUCCAGCUCCAUGAGACUCCAGCAGGAUGGAAGUUCUUCGUGAAUCUGAUGGAUGCAGGGAAGCUGUCUCUGUGUGGAGAAGAGAGCUUUGGUACCAGUUCUGACCACAUCCGUGAGAAGGAUGGACUCUGGGCUGUGCUGGCUUGGCUGUCAAUCCUUGCCUUUAAGAAGCAGAGUGUUGAGGAGAUAAUGAAAGACCACUGGCAGAAAUAUGGUAGGAACUUCUUCACUAGGUAUGACUAUGAGGAAGUGGACCCUGAAACUGCCAACAGGAUAAUGGAGGACCUAGAAGCAAUGAUAUCUGGCAAAUCCUUCAUCGGAGACACUUUUUCAGCAGGAGAAAAGACCUACCAAGUAUACAAAGCCGACAUUUUUGAGUACACCGACCCGGUGGAUGGAAGCAUCUUGAGAAACCAGGGCCUGCGGAUCAUCUUCUCCGACAGUUCCCGCAUCAUAUUUAGCCAUAGUGGAACAAGCUGUGCUAGGGCAACCAUCAGACUCUAUCUAGACAGCUAUGAAAAGGACCCCCAGAAGAUAUGCCAGGAUCCACAGGUUGCACUGGCUCCACUGGUCAAGAUUGCAUUGAAGAUGUCUCAUAUCCAUGAGAAGAUAGGCUGCAAGGGGCCCACCAUGAUCACAUGAUCCCCCUUUUCCCAGCCUUUGCCAGACACUUUCCACAAUACCUGCACUGGCCCAUCUCUUUUAACUUCCCAUUUACAAACUGAAAAUCAUCCUGUAAAAACUCCUUUAUUAUAAAAAUCAACCUAAGCCGAAACAAAGGACAAAACACUGAUGUAUAUUUAAAAUUCUGUCUUACAAACUGAAAAAGGUUGAAUGUAGUUUGACAUGCUGUAAUUAGAACAGUCUUUCCUGAAAUAAAAACAUUUAUAAGCCGGGGAAUGUCCAGGAGCAGUUCACACAGGCCUUAUUCUCAGGUAGUAAGUAAUGAUGUGACCACGUUUGUCAGAAUACAGUUAUCCCAUAACAAUCUGAAAAAGAGAAGAGUUUUUAGAAGAAUAUUAAAUACCAUAAAAACUCAGAGCAGCACAUUGACAGUAACAUCUGGGGGUGAGAGAAAUUUGAGAAACAAUAAAAAACGCUUUUUUGUUCUGGCAAAUAGGAAAAGCUCUUUUAAACAGAUUCCUUUUGUACCUUAUACAUAUAAUGAAUCAAAUUUCAAAACUCAUUAAAUUCUGCCUUAGAAAAGGGCACAAUGUACAGGUUUUGUUAAGACUUCCUGCCAGAGGUGCUGAUUCAGUUCUGUGGUAGUUUUUGAGGCUGUACUUUCGUGGCAUUUAGCAACUAUCCUAUGAAGUGUCCGUCUAUCCUUGUCGGUCAACUUUGAUUUGCAACCACUCUUCCGCUUUGGGGGUGCAGUGGGUUGGACCGGGUCCUGUUCUCUG